GGGCGGCGCCGGCGCGCGGCGCCCGCUGAUGACGCCCGGCGCGGUGGGAAGGGAGCUCCGCGCUCCCUCCGUCCCCGGGCGCUGCCGGGCCGAGGAUGAAGAUGAAGCUGCAGCUGCUCGGGGCGGGCUGCGGGCGGCUGGGCACGCUGGUGGGGCUGGGCAGGAGCGGGGCUGGGGCGCUGGCGCUGCCGGGCUGCCUGCUGUACACGCGGACCGGCUCGGCGCCGCACCUCACCCACGACACGCUGCGGGAGGUGCGCGGAGUGCCCGGCGUGGCGCAGCUGCCCCUGCCCGCCCUGGCAGAAAUUCAUGAUGUCCUGGAAGAGUAUAAAGAAGGAGCUGCAAAAUUUAUAGGUAUGCCAGAUGCUGUGCUGUACUGCUCCCUUCAUGACCCAGUCAGUCCCUGUCCAUCUGGCUACAACACCAACAAGACAGUCUCCCUGUGGGGAAGCUCAGGGCGCAUGGAAAUGACAGUUUCCAAAUUCAUGGACAUACAGCGAGUCAUCCAGCCGGACUGGUUCCAGUGCAUCUCUGAUGGAGACACCAUUUCUGGGGAAGUUGGUAGAAAAAGAGCCAAGAAGUCUGUGGAUAGGUCACUUUCCUUCCUGGAUGUAUGUCUUCAGCUGCAAGAAAAAUCACCGGAACUACAAGGAAGUGUAAUGUUUGGGGCAAUUGAAGGUGGAGAUAUCUUGGAAGAGAGGCUCAGAUCAGCCAGGGAGACUGCCAAGCGGCCUGUGGGUGGCUUUCUGCUAGAUGGCUUCCAGGGAUGUGCCAUGGCCACGGAGACCAAGUUGAAACUGAUAGCUUCUGUCACAGCAGAGCUGCCAGAGGAUAAACCAAGAAUCAUUCAUGGUGUGGGCAAACCAGAUGAGGUGCUUGAGUGCAUUGAAAGGGGAGUGGACAUUUUUGAGAGCUUCUUUCCCUUCCAAGUGACAGAGCGAGGCUGUGCCUUGGUUUUCAGUUAUGACUGCCAUCCAGAUCCUGAAACAGCAGCAGUUUUAACACAAAAUGGGGCCCAGGACCUGGAGAAGAUUGGUGCUGAAGAAAACCAGGAUGAAAUCUCCAAAGCUGACCCAGAAAUGACACCGUUUGAGAUAUGUCUGAAGGACAAAAGAUACCAAGAUGACUUUGGUCCUUUGCUGGAAGGAUGCACCUGUUACUGUUGUCAGAGGCACACUUGUGCCUACGUCCAUCACCUCCUCGUGACCAAUGAGCUGCUGGCCGGUGUCCUGCUCAUGAUGCACAACUUCCAGCACUACUUCGGUUUCUUCAGUGCCAUACGGGAUGCCUUAAGAGACAAUAAACUGGAUCAACUGAAAAACCUUGUCUUCAGGCAGGCACUUCAAGGCCCAGUAAAUGCGAAGCUGAGCCAAUGAGAUCGGAGAGGACAGAGGAGUUUGCAGGCUACACCCUUAUCCAGUGGAACUGUGUAAGGUGGACUUCCAGCAGGAUCGCCUGGAUCUGUCAGUAGUAAAAUGCCUUUUUUCCUUCCUGGAGGGAACUGAAGGAGAUAUUUCAAGAAGAUCUCACUUCCUGGUGGGGAAGGAUGAUCUUGUCCAAACGUCACUUUUGGUUAAUUGGCUUGGUACAUUCUUGGUGUUAUGGAAAAGCUUGGACAGCUCACAAGACCAGUAUGCAUAGCUUGUUUUCAGAUACUCACUGUUGGUUUUCUAUGUGCAAGGACAAAGUUAUUGAACUUGUGACUGAAGAUAAAGCAGGGCAUAUACGUAAAAUUAACCGAGCUACCUGAAGGCUCAGGAGCGUUUUGAGACUCUUGUUCCAUACCCAACAGUAAUUAUCUUUCUAGAAAAACCUAGUGGUGUCGUUAUCUCAUCAUCUAGCUCCUUGAUGAGAAGUCCCACCUCAGUUUAACAUACUGUCCUUGAGGACAUUGCCAGCAUCUGUGUCGUUGAAAGGAACUGACUGGAUGUGCUGCUGUGUGUUUCUCCCUCAGGCUGCCUGCACUGCAGUGUUCUCUGGACCUGGAGGAAGCCCUCCACCUUGGCCUGGCCUUGAAAACUCCUGCCUCAGGAGUCCUAGUCAGUGACAUUAGAGCUAGAAAGCAGAGAAAAUGUUUAAUCCAUGUCCUGCUGUAGAGAUUUGUUUGUUUGGUUUUUUUUUUAAUUUUGUACCCUUAUUCCAGAUUUCACUCCCAUGUUAGCACAUGGAUGAUAAUGAAUCUAUCAUUCUUUCCAACUGCCCUAUCACUGGUCACAUAGCAAGCUGUGUUAUGUGAGAUGGAGCUGUGGUAGAAAUGUGUCACAGGAAAAGGCAUUUAGAAAACAUUCUUGUGGCUUUUUGUUUUAAAAUAUGACACAGUUAUGUCACAUUCCUCUUACUCAGUUUUUUUAAAUGCCCCUUAUUUUGGAAUCAUGGAUUUAAUUAUUUUAUGUUACAAAGCAACAA